AUGUCGUCAAUUAGCAGCAUCGACAAUUUCUUGGUUGCGCCCGGGACCAGCACGAGCGAUCCUUUGGAGCCCCAAGCGGCGCGGCUGUACGUGCAACAUGAGCGUGUAAAAACAGAGCCGUUCCCCCCUGUCCGGGUCUUGAGCCCUCAGGAUCGCAAGAGAAUCCUCGUCACUGGUGGUGCCGGUUUCGUUGGCUCCCACCUCGUCGACCGACUCAUGCUUAUGGGCCACGACGUCCUCGUCCUCGACAACUUCUUUACUGGUCAAAAGAGCAAUGUCAGCCACUGGAUCGGGCAUCCUAAUUUUGAACUCGUCCGUCACGAUGUUGUCAAUCCGAUCCUGGUCGAGGUGGAUCAGGUCUACCAUCUGGCGUGUCCGGCCUCGCCGCCGUUCUACCAGGCCAACCAGAUCAAGACGAUCAAGACGAACUUCAUGGGCACCAGCAACAUGCUCGGUUUGGCCAAGAGGACAAAGGCUCGGUUCCUCCUCGCAAGCACCUCGGAGGUGUAUGGAGAUCCUGAUGUGUCACCCCAGAAGGAGACCUACAACGGCAAUGUCAAUCAAACAGGCCCAAGAGCCUGCUACGAUGAGGGAAAGCGGGUAGCGGAGACGCUUGCCUAUGGUUACCUGUACCAAGACAAGGUCGAUGUCCGUGUUGCGAGGAUCUUCAACAGCUAUGGCCCUCGCAUGAAUCCUUUCGAUGGUCGGGUCAUGAGCAACUUUCUCCUUCAAGCCCUGCGAGGGGAACCCGUCACCGUCUAUGGUGAUGGCUCACAGACAAGGUCUUUCUGCUUCGUACAUGACCUCAUCGACGGUCUCAUUGCGCUCAUGAAUGCCGACGACAAUGAGGAUUCUGCGGAGCGAGACUACAACAUUCAUUCACCAGUCAACCUAGGCAGCGAACACGAGUUCAGCAUUCGAAGUCUUGUCGACGAGGUGGCGUCCGUAGUCGACGAGCUACGACAGCAAGAUGGCCAAGAACGGCUUGGCGCAGCAUCGCCAGAAGGAAACGCUAAAUCGACGGUAAAGAUCAAUUAUUUGCCCAUGCCCGUUGACGAUCCACGACAGCGGCGGCCAGAUACGACGAGAGCCAAGGAGCUGCUUGGCUGGCAACCCCAAUGGUCGUUGAGAGCGGGUUUGAAAGAAAUGGCCCGCUUCUACCUUCAGCAAAUCAAGAGCGGCGCACUCUGA